CCGAAAGGUCAGUGUAGUUAACCUAACGAAGUUUCUAGGUGAGGAAAUUAGGGCAUGGUUUUCUCUUCUCUCAAAUCUUGGACGGCCGACAGCAGCAGCCAGUAGCCGCUCGGCUCCCAGCCUGAGCAGCCUCCUAUCACUGAUACACCUUAAUAAAAUAGCCUCCAUCGUCUUCUUCAUAUGAAGAAAUACAGAACCCAUCGUCUCUCUCUCUACGGUUCUUGUUUCCUCUUCAUCAGGCCACAGGAUAAAAAUGGAGCUUUCAAUCACACGACCUGAUGAUUGGCAUCUCCAUCUUCGUGAUGGGCAGCUUCUUCAAGCAGUUGUCCCGCACAGUUCACAACACUUUGGGAGAGCCAUAGUCAUGCCAAAUCUGAGACCUCCCAUCACCACUACUGCUGCCGCUAUGACCUACCGACAAUCAAUUUUGAAGGUUCUGCCAAAGGACAGUGAUUUCAAUCCUUUGAUGACACUUUAUUUGACAGACACUACAAGCCCUAAUGAGAUUAAGCUAGCAAGAGAGAGUGGAGUUGUAUAUGCUGUGAAAUUGUAUCCAGCUGGUGCUACCACAAAUUCUCAAGAUGGUGUAACCGACCUCUUUGGGAAGUGUUUACCUGUACUUGAGGAAAUGGUUCAGCUGAAAAUGCCUUUGCUGGUCCAUGGGGAGGUAACAAAUCCCGAUGUUGAUGUGUUUGAUCGUGAAAAGGUGUUCAUCGAUACAGUUCUCCGCCCCUUAAUUCAGAAGUUCCCCCAAUUGAAGGUUGUCAUGGAACACAUUACGACUAAGGAUGCUGUGGACUUUGUUUUGUCUAGUGAUGAAAGAUUUGUUGCAGCAACAGUCACUCCACAACAUAUUGUUCUUAACAGAAAUUCCCUUUUCCAAGGUGGAUUGCAACCUCACAAUUAUUGUCUUCCAGUACUGAAGAGAGAGAUACAUAGGCAGGCAAUAGCAUCAGCCAUCACGAGUGGAAGCAAAAGGUUCUUCCUUGGAACUGAUAGUGCCCCUCAUGAUAGAAGGAACAAGGAGUGUCCUUGUGGGUGUGCUGGAAUCUACAAUUCGCCUGUGGCCCUAUCACUGUAUGCAAAGGUUUUUGAAGAGGCUGGUGCGCUGGACAAGUUGGAGGCUUUUGCGAGCUUCAACGGACCAGACUUCUAUGGUCUACCAAGAAACAGCUCGAAGAUAAGAUUGAGCAAGACCCCCUGGACAGUACCAGCAUCAUUUUCUUUUGGAUUGGGUGAUAUCGUUCCAAUGUUUGCUGGUCAGGUACUCGACUGGCUACCAUCUCCUAUCUAGAAUAACAAAAUUUACGCACUUUGAAUAAUUUAUGACCGGCAUCAUCCAGGAUUAUGUUAUGUACACACCUUAAAUUUGAGGUUGAUGGAAUUUAAUUUAAUUUUGACAAAUUAAGACUA